CGAGAGUGGUGAGAUGUCAUCCUUCCAAGACCCUACACCAAAUUAUCGUUCGUAAGUCAUAAUUUCCGAGCUUCGGCAAGAAGGGAACUCCAAUCCAAAGGGACCAACCACCACCUCACACAAAUCUGCAUACAUAAGUGAAGGGGGAGGAGGAGGGUGAGAUGAAAUGCUAAGGAUGUCAGCGGUUGGGAGUAACGGCGGCGAAGCAUGGAGAGCUCAUGCGACAAUGGCGAUGAUUCAGGUCUUGUAUGGAGGCUACCAUGUCAUUACUAAGGUCGCUCUCAACGUGGGGGUCAAUCAGAUCGUCUUCUGCGUCUAUCGGGACCUCAUCGCCAUCUCCAUUCUCGCUCCUGUCGCCUAUUUCCGCGAAAGAAGGUUGAGACCUCCUUUAAACAGGCAGCUGAUAGUAUCAUUCUGCAUCCUAGGAUUAACUGGGAUUUUUGGAAACCAACUCUUGUUUCUGCUCGGUCUUGGAUAUACAAGUCCUGCUUAUGCUGCAGCUAUCCAACCUGCAAUUCCAGUCUUCACAUUUAUUUUGGCUGUGUUGAUGGGUACAGAAACGGUGAAGUUACUUACUACAGAAGGUCAAGCAAAGAUUGGAGGUACCAUUGUCUGUGUUUCAGGUGCUGUUGUAAUGGCACUGUACCGAGGCUCGACCAUUCUUGGAUAUAAGGAACCGGAGUUCUCCGCACAAAAUGAAAUUAGUGCUCGGGGUCAGCCUGAACCUCAUGGAUGGUUAAUGUCUAAUUUCCUAGAAUUGGGAUUUGAUAAUUGGCACCUUGGCGUCUUGUGUUUAAUAGGAAACUGUAUGUGCAUGGCAGCAUACCUAGCCUUUCAGGCACCAAUUUUAAAGAAAUAUCCUGCAAACAUUUCCCUGACAGCAUAUUCGUAUCUUUUUGGCACCAUGUUAAUGGGAGUGACAGCAUUAUUUUCAACAAACCUGUCAACAGACUGGAAAUUCACACAAUCUGAAGUUAUUGCAGUAUGCUAUGCUGGAAUAAUUGCAUCCGCUCUCAACUAUGGACUUCUGACAUGGUGCAAUAGGAUUCUCGGCCCCGCUUUAGUUGCUCUUUACAAUCCACUUCAACCUGCUGCAUCGACAAUCCUGUCAACGAUUUUCCUUGGAAGCCCUAUUUAUUUGGGAAGCAUAUUGGGAGGACUUCUGAUCAUAGCCGGUCUUUAUUUGGUAACGUGGGCGUCGUACAGAGAGAGACAAUCAUCGAUGGACCCGCCUUCCUCGAUGGAGGGAUACCACGCUAUAGAGGCUAUAGAAGAUGAUAAUUCUUGAAACGCGGGGGGAUUGCCACUGAGAUCGGUUUCAUUAGAUUAUGGUCUAAAGCUUAAGUUGUUAGAGAGGACUCCAUUUGUUACUUUGUAUGUAUCAUUGAUGAAUUGUGAGAUUGCAUAUUUGAAAGCUUGAAUAGCAAAGUGGUAUGCUAUUAGCCUACCAAACUUCUAAACAACAGCUAAGAUUGCUCUGUUCAUUUUGUCAA